AUGGUCCUCACUGCGGCAGACAGGAACCGGCAGAGAGCAGCAGCCGCUGGGGUGGACAUGAAGGGCGUGGCCGUAGCCUUCGCUGUGCUAAUCUGUGCUACAGCUGUCCAAGGCUUCACUAUGUUCAGAGCGGGGCGCUGUCUUUGUAUAAACACUGGAAUGAAAGCGGUCAGGAUGGCAGAUAUCGAGAGAGUCUCCGUAAUCUACCCGACUAGAGGCUGUGCCAAAGUCGAAGUGAUUGUUACCCUGAAAGCCAAUAAAGGAGAAAGGUGCCUGAACCCCAAAUCAAAGCAAGCACACAUCAUACAACAGGCAAUAGAAAGAAAGAGUUCUUUAAAGCGCCAAAACCAUGUGAAGUCCUAA